AUGAAGAAGAUGAAGAUUCUUGAAGGAUUAUGCAGAGAGAGAGGAGAGAUUAAAGAUGAAGGUUAUCCAGAAUCCAAGAUUGGCGAAGUAGAUGGAGAUGCUUUUAGAAUUGUGCAGCCAGAGAAGAGAUUUUCUGGUGAGUUCUUCUGUAAUUUCUUCUUGAAUCCAUCGUUGAAGGCAAUUAUGGAUUGGAGAAUCGGUUAUAGUGAGAUAGAUUCAGUUAGUAAUCUGUUCAAAGUCAUUGGUUCUGAAACUUCUGUUAGUAUUAGGAACUAUUAUGCUGUUAGAAAUUCCGCUUGGUCACUAGAUCUUCUUUGA